AUGGCGUACGUGGCCGCGCCGUUGGCUAGCCAGACGAUUUUAGGUGCAGUGCGUGAGUUGGAGCCGCGCGAUUUUACUUUGGAUAUGUUGGCAGACGAGUUAUCAUUCUUUACUACGUUCACGACGGAAGGCCUGCGUGCGUUCAUUGACUCAUUGGAGUUUUUGAGAGAGUGUGGAUCACCGUCUGGAUCCCCUUUGGCGGGGUUGACUCCGACGACAGUGGCUGGGUCGGAGGUAUUGUUACCACCUACCCGAGUGGACGACCGUUCUAGGAUCUCGUUGUUGGGUUAUCUAUUACCCUUCUUCAUUCGACGAUUGACCCGAUUGGCAGGCGAAUUGACUACGUUAGUGGACGGCGUAAGGAGCCAGGAGUUAGGUGGUGAUAUGACUCCGGAAGUAACAGACGAGCUGCGUCGACUGAUUCAAAUGGUUAACGACAACGUGCGACCAGCAGACCCAAGUCUCACGAACGUCUUGGAUAUGACGCGUGGGGUCCCUUGGGACAUGCCUGACAUCCACCAAAAAAAAGCGCUUAAAUGGAACCAGAACGCAUCAGAAAUUGAUGCGGCUGGAAACAAGGCACAGAAACCUGUUCGCUCCACUUCCGAGUAUGGCGGCCGUCGUCAACAGAGAAACCCCACGGGGUUCCUCAAAUUCAACAUCGCAGACCUCGGCCUCGACGACGACUCCGAGGACUUCGGCGGCUUAGCAUCGGGUAGUCCCACUCGUAUCCCAGAUGGACGCACCACUGACGCUCCCAGACGCGCCAGUGCCACUGACGGCGAACACGCACUCAAGCGUCAACACUCGUCCUUCGACGACCGCACAGUUGAAAUUGAAGACUCCGUUUCAGACCCCCACUGGCACGACGCACAACGCGCCUCAGUUCGAGAAGUACGCGUUCGCAAAAGGAUACCCACGGGCCACCCCAACAUGAUGGCCACUGCACUCCUCGCCCGCAAGUCCCUCGAAAUGGAUUCUGAUGAAGACAACGAAGACCUCGCCACCAACACCGCUCUUAACGCCAAAUAG